ACGUUCGCCACAUAAUAUUGAUAAUAUACAAUACUUUGCAAGUUUUUCACCGGCAAUUUUAGCAAAAAGUCCGGAUUAUGGCGCCUCCGGCUGCGCGGGCUCGCUACAUAGCCAACAAGGCGGACAACCAGAUUCUGUCGAAGAAGCCGCCCAAGCGACUGGGCCUGAAUGGCAGCAACGACAAGACGAAAGACGUCGCACCGGCCGGCAAGAAGAAGGAGAAGGAUACCAAAAAGCGCAAGCCGUCCACGAGUGAAAGCCAGGAGAAGGGCAUGCCCAACCCCAUAAUGCCCAGUGUGCAGACCGCCUUCAAAACCUUCGUGAGUGCCAGGUUGUGCAGCGCCAUUUGGGCCUACAUCGCAGACUGUGAUGAGACCUUUAACUACUGGGAACCCCUGCACUACAUCAUCAACGGCCACGGACUGCAGACGUGGGAGUACAGCCCGCAGUUUGGACUCCGAUCCUACACCUACCUGCUGCUGCAGGGCGUGCCCGGUUACUUCUACCAAAAGUUGUUCAAUCCCAGUCCCAUUCUCAUCUUCUACAUGGUGCGCUGUAUGUUGGGCUUCGCCUGCGCCGUAAUGGAGAGAUACAUGUACAAGUCCAUUUGCCAGGAGUUUGGAAUACACAUCGGCCGUCUGUGGCUGAUAUUUCAGCUCUUUAGUGUGGGCAUGUUUGUGUCCAGCACAGCUCUACUGCCCUCCUCCUUUUCCAUGUACUUUGGAUGUGCUGCCCUAGCCGCCUGGUGGCAGCAAAACUAUUGUUUUGCCAUAUUCCUCACGGCUAUAUCCGCUCUACUGGGUUGGCCUUUUGCUGCGCUUAUUGGCAUUCCGCUGGUGCUGGAAAUGCUACUCAGGCAACGGGAUUGGAAGACCUUUGUGCAGUGGACUCUGAUAUCGGGCGCCACCGUGGCCAUUCCCAUGAUUGCCAUUGAUACGAGCUACUUUGGCAAACUGACAUUUGCUCCUCUGAAUAUUGUGUGGUAUAAUGUGUUCACCAGCCAUGGACCAAACAUUUUUGGCACCGAACCACUGAGUUACUACAUCAUCAAUGGUUUCCUUAACUUUAACAUUAUCUGGCUUCUGGCUCUUCAACUACCCAUCAUGCUGGUCAUGGACUAUCUGAUUGUGCCAGCCAAGUCGAAAUCAACGCUGAAUUUUCCCCAUUACAUCUCGCUGGCUCCCCUCUACCUGUGGCUUCUCGUCUUUUUUGCCCAGCCGCAUAAGGAGGAGCGCUUCCUGUUCCCUGUAUACCCUUUGAUCUCGCUUUGUGGAGCAAUCACUGUGGAUGUCUAUCAGCGCAUCUUCUUUCGCAUCAAAUCGCUGGUGUUCAAAAUUAAGUCGGGAGUGCAUUAUCUGGAUCACAGCAUGUUCAUAGCCAUCCUGGUAAUGGUGACGAGCACAUUGCUGGGACUUUCCCGCGUAUUUGCCCUCUACAGGAACUACCACGCGCCGAUGGAUUUGAUGCUGGAACUGAACCAGUUCAAGGCUACCCCGCAAUACGACCCAGAUGUGAUAUACAAUGUGUGCAUUGGCAAGGAUUGGCAUCGCUAUCCGGGCAGCUUCUUCUUUCCCGCCAAGAAUUUCCGUCUUCGUUUCCUGAAAUCGGAGUUCCGGGGAAUGCUGCCCGCGUACUAUGAUAGAGGCCAAAACGCCACCAUGGUGGUGCAUCCGUACUUUAACGAUCUCAACCAGGAAAACGAACACAUGUACUUCGACUAUGACCGCUGCGAUUUCCUCGUCGAUUUCGAUGAAGGCAAAUAUACGACUCUGGAACCCAACUAUUCAAAGCGAUCCAAGGAGUGGUCGGUGAUGAAGAGCCUGCCCUUCCUGAUUCCGGAGAAGUCUCAUAAGGUUUUACGUGCCUUCUAUGUGCCAUUCCUGACAGACAAUCACAUUCAGUAUGGAGACUUUAACCUGCUUAAGCGAAAAACGAAACGAAAUGGCAGGUAAAGGCAGGUCCAGAUCGAAGGAGUCUGGAAUCAUGCCGAGCAGCAUUUUAUCCUUAGCGGUUCACUUAUUUUUUUCCUUAAACAUCUUAAAUCUAAAAAUAAUUCCAGGCGACUAUGCUUAAGAAACUGUGGCUUCAAUACUUGAUUCAUAUUGGAGCUAUUAUGCUUUCCGACUAAGAACUUUCCGCCCCAUUUUAAUCUUCCCUACUCCACACUAAAAUGAACAACCUACUUACUACCUACCUUCUUCUAUAUAUUUUUUGUUCUAUGUUUGUCAACCGUUUUUAAUUAUUUUUGUUUUGUCCAUGCCAAAGUUGUGAAGAUCACCAGAAUCGAAGUAGAACUUAAGUGUCAAGAAUAUAAACAACGAGAUUCGUAAGGAAAA